GAGGAAGCACACGUAAAUUCCGCAGCCAAAAUCGGUCCCACUAAUUCGUAGUUUCUGCAAAAAACAGUGAAAAUAAACUUUUUCGUGCAUUUCGUUCGUGUAAAACCCAAUAAAAGAUCCUAAUUGAGCCAGCGGCAAUGCCCCGCCGACCGUCGCGUUAAUUAAGCCAGUGCGCGUAGCCGGAUUUUAAGCAGCAAACGCAAAAUCAAAGAUUCGCAGGAGAAGAAGAAGAAGAACGGACAGCAGCAGCAGCAGCUAUAAUUGUGGCCGUACUGUUGUUUUUGUUGUUGCUUGUAUUGGUCGUAUUGGUGUUUUGUGAUUGUGUUGUUGUUGUUACUGGCCACUGGGAUGAUGCUGUAAAGCAAAGUAAAAGUGGUGGCAAAUACAACAAAUACGUGCGUGUGUGUGUGCAACGGGACUGCAGUGGCAGUUGCAUGUGCAGCGAACGCGGGAUGAUUGUCGGACUGGCAGACCUGGUGACAAUAAUGGUGUAGAUGAUGAGGCACCAUUGCCAUCGCAUUUAGUUCGUGCACCCACAAAAAUAUCGAACAGUUUCGUGCGUGCCACAAAAUUGCGCCAAUAAGCAAAAGCAAACGCAAACAUAGUUUGUUUUAUUGCAUUCCGCACACACACAAACGCUGAGAGGGCCCGCGGAGAGACGCACACGCAUGUGCAUACAUAUGCGCUGCUGCGGCAACAGAGAUUUUGACCACUCACACACGGAAACAGACACACGCACACAAAUACACCCACAUGCAUUCACGCAGCAAACGGGGCACAAUAACAAAACAACAAAAACAAAGAGCAGUCAAAUGAAUUACUUGAGAGAUCUGGUUGCCAAGGAUUAGAGCCAUAAACCGGAAGUGAGUGAGGAUACCAGGAAGGAGGAGGAACCAACCCCGCCAACACCGAAGAUGUCGCGCUGGGGCAAGAAUAUAGUGGUGCCGCUGGACUCGCUCUGCAAGGAGAAGGAGAACACCAACCGACCGACCGUCGCCCGAUCGGUGGGCACUGUGGGCAAAUGGGGCAAAAUGGGCUUCACCUCAACACGCACUUACACACUGUCCGCCCUGCAUCCGAUGGCAGCGGCUGCGGCGGCGGCUGCUGCGGCCGCCAGUCCCGCCCAGAGUCCAGCCUCCACGCACGACCACGAUCCCAACGAUCUUUCCGUUUCGGUGCCAGAGCCGCCGAAGCCCAAGAAGUUCUUCAAGUCGCGAAAUGCCGCCCCGCCAGAGGUCAUUGCCCAGAUCAUACAGCAGCUGCCACACUGCGGCGCGGGCGCAUCGCCCAUGCGGGAUCAAGCAUCGGCUGGUGGCGGCGCCACGCCCACCUCUGGAACCCACGAGGCCGGUGGUGGCCUCAAGUUGAAACUGGGCAAGGGCGGCAGCUCCGCAGAGCGGAAGCGAAAGUCGCCCAAGAAGAAGGUCGCCGCAACGCCUACGACGCCCGGUGCGUUCUUCGGCGGCUCCGAGCGGGAUCGGGAUAAGGAGGGCCUAAGCGAUCCCUCGGACCAGCCGGAGCCGGGCGACGAGCCGCGUGGCAGUGCAUCGGCCAAGAAGAAGAAACCCAAGGAGGAGAAGAAACUCAAGCCGGAGGCGCCACCGUCACGGAUCCUGGGUCGCGCCCGCAAGGCGGUCAACUAUUGUGAGGUGGACGAGGAAGAGCGCUACCCCACGCCUACCAAGGAUCUGAUCAUUCCCAAGGGGUCUCGCGGUCCAGCAGAAGCGGCGGCCAUUUCAGCGGCGGCCAUUUCAGCGUCAGCAACCGCCACCGCCACCUCGGAAGCCUUCAUCUCCUCGACGGCCGGCAGCCCUGGGUCUGGACCGGCGCUACCUCCGCCUACGUCGGCGCCCAGUGCUGUCACGGUCCCGAUACCCCUACUGUCCGCCGGCGCAUCCAACCCGCCAAGCGCUUCCCGCACCCCGGAACAUCCUCCCAUAGUGUUGCGUAUCUCCAAGGGCACAUCCCGCCUGGUCAGCACAGAUAGCGAGGAGCCGCCGAGCAACUCGCCCGCUCACUACAACCAGCAGCUGGCCACGGAGCCGGAGCCGGCGGAUCGAAGCGCAGACGAAACAGUUCCUCCUGCAAGCACGCCAAAAAUAAUUGUGAAGCCCCUGAGGCCGCCGGACUUAGCGGAGGGAUCAGCAGCAGCAGCGGCAGAGACGGAAGCAGCGACUGCUGCCGAGGCUCAGGAUAACAACGAGGACGAGGAAGACGAGGAGGAGGAGGAGGAGGAAGAAGAGGAGGAGCCGCCGGAGAUUAACUACUGCACGGUGAAAAUAUCACCCGACAAGCCGCCUAAGGAGCGUCUCAAGUUGAUCAUCAAAACGGACGUAAUCCGCAACGCCAUUGCCAAAGCAGCCGCUGCCGCGGAGUCGCGCAGUGAGAAAAAGUCCAAAAGCAAGAAGCACAAGCACAAGCAGUUGCUGGCAUCAGGAUCAGCUGCUACUGGGGCAGGAACCACCACGCCCGCUGAGAUUAGUUCGGAGUUCAAGACGCCUUCACCUCAUCUGGCCCUUAGCGAGGCACAGCAAACGCAUACGACGCAUCCGCAUCAUCAUCAUCAUCUCCAUCCGCAGCGGGGAUCCGCGGUUAUAUCGCCCACAACGCGCUCUGACCACGACUUUGACUCACAGUCCUCGGUGCUGGGCAGCAUCUCCUCCAAGGGCAACAGCACGCCCCAGUUGCUGGCUCAGGCGGUGCAGGAGGACAGCUGUGUGAUCCGCAGCCGAGGAUCAAGUGUCAUCACCAGUGACUUGGAGACGAGCCAGCACUCGUCGUUAGUGGCCCCGCCUUCGGACAUUGAGUCGCGCCUGGAAUCCAUGAUGAUGACCAUUGAUGGCACUGGAACGGGAGCGGCGACAGCGACAGCAUUGCCCGAAACGCCGCUCCAAGAGGACAUACUGGCCGUGCUGCGUGGCGAGGUGCCACGCCUUAAUGGCAGCACAGAUACCGUUGCCAACGAGGAGCAGCAGCAGCCGAAGAGAGCCACGCGCGGGCGGGGCAGGAAGGCAAAUAACAACGUAGAAGUACCUCCUCCGGCCACGGAGACCAGAACACGAGGCAGGGCUAAAGGAGGAGAUGCGGCAGCCACGGCGGCAGCCAUUUCACCACCGGCGCCGAAGAGGAGCACGCGAGGUACACGGGGGUCGAAGAAGGCCGAGACGACGACGGAGGCGGACAUGGAAGUGGACGAGCCUCCAGCGGCUGCGGUGGUGGCGGUGAAUGAGGAGCAGGCGGACCAGGCAGCGGCGCAACCCUUGCCGCGGAGAGGCCGCAAUGCCGCCGCCCGGGCCAACAACAACAAUUCGGCCAGCAUCAAUAACAACAUCAACAAGAUAGCCGCAAGUCUGUCUGCCAAGGCCAAGGACGAAGCCAGUCGCCUGGCGGAGGGCAGUGGAGCGGUGGCAACGGGAGCAGCACCACCACGCAGCUACGGCCGAAAGCGGAAAAACCAGCAGGUGGUCCAGGUGCAGCCGGAAGAGCAGCAGCAGCAACAUCAGGCAGCCGAUCAGGAAGAGGAAACGCCCGAGGGCGAGGAAGAGCAGCCUACGCCCGCCAAGAUCCCGCACAGAGACCACUCGCCGACGGAUCACGACCCAGAUCCCGAUCCCGACGAUCUGUCUAACAACUCUAACAACUCUUCGAUGCAGCACGACGGCUCCUCCUCCUCGCCCCCGCCGCGCGACUUCAAGUUCAAGGAUAAGUUCAAGCGAACCCUGACCCUAGACUCGCAGGUGGCUGCCAAUGCCGGAGCGGCAGGUGCAGCAGCAGCAGCGGCGGCAGCGGUAGCGGGAGAUGCGGGAGCAACGGCAGGCACUGGAGUAACGACGGAAACGGAAGCCUACGGCGAGCAGCGUGGCGCCGUCAAGUUGGUCAUCUCGAAAAAGAAGGGCAGCAUCUUCAAGAGCCGCGCUUUGGUGCCAUCCGACCAGGCGGAGCAAGCUUCUGUGGCCAAACGGCAUCUGUACAAGCACAGCUGGGAUGCGGCUCUAGAGGCAAAUGGCGGUGGAACGGGCAGUGAUGCCAGCAACGCCUCGGCUUCGGGCGCUGGUGUGCCGGGGGCCAAGGAUCACCUGCUGCAUCAUUUGGCGGCGGGCAAAUCCGAUGGCGACUUUGGUGACAGUCCCUCGUCCAACAACAAUGGCUCCUCAAGCGGCGGCAGCAGUGUGUCCACGCUGCGCGGCGAUAGUCCAGCAUUAGGCAAGAUCUCGCGGCUGGCGGGGAAGCAGGGAGUGCCGACCGGCACAGCCACAGGAGUAGAUGCCUUCGACUUGGACCUGGAAACGGGACCAGAGGAACUGGGUGUAGAGCGAUCGACGGCAAGCGGAGCUACUGGCGGAACAAGCACAGCAGCUGCUGGCGGAGGAGCUGCCGGCAGUGGCGGCAGCGGGCCCAUACGUGUCGAUCGCAAGACCAAGGACUACUACACCGUGGUGCGGAAUGUAAAGACGGCGCAUCAAAUUCAGGAGAUUGGCGAAUACCAGGAGAUGGACGAUGAUGUCGAGUAUAUUCUGGAUGCCCUGCAACCGCACAAUCCGCCGGCAACGCGAUGCCUCUCAGCCCUGCAGCUGGCCGCCAAAUGCAUGAUGCCCGCCUUUCGGAUGCAUGUCCGUGCGCACGGCGUGGUCACCAAGUUUUUCAAGGCCUUAUCCGAUGCCAACAAAGACCUCAGCCUGGGCCUAUGCACCUCGGCCAUUAUGUACAUUCUGUCGCAGGAGGGCCUUAACAUGGACUUGGAUCGCGACUCCUUGGAGCUGAUGAUUAACCUGCUAGAAGCGGAUGGUGUUGGCGGCGGCACACAGGUCGGGCACACGGAUCGAGCCGGCUACGAGCGAAACAAGCAAAAGGUGCGUGAGCUCUGCGAGGAGAUCAAGGCACAGGGCAAGGGCACCCAUCUCAAUGUGGACUCGCUAACAGUGGGCACACUGGCCAUGGAAACGCUGCUUUCGCUCACCUCUAAGCGGGCGGGUGAAUGGUUCAAGGAGGAUCUGCGCAAAUUGGGCGGACUGGAGCACAUUAUCAAGACUAUUUCGGACUUUUGCCGACCGGUGAUUACUUGCGAACCCGAGAAGAUAUCGUGGCUGCCGGCGCUCCUGGACAACAUGCAGACGGUGGCCCGUUGCCUGCGAGUCCUCGAGAAUGUCACGCAGCACAAUGAGGCGAAUCAGCGCUACAUGCUCACCUUUGGACAGGGCCGUGCUGUGGAGACGCUUUGCCAGCUGUACCGGCUGUGCUGUAGCCAGCUAAUGCUGCAUCCAUCGAUGGACUGUCCAGGUAGCAAUAAGGAGCAUCCGGGCGUGGUUAUGCGCGAGCUGCUAGUCCCGGUGCUCAAGGUACUGAUCAAUCUGACGCACACCUUCAAUGAAUCGAAGCCAUCGCUGGGCGCCGAGUUGCUGGGUCAGCGCGGCGAUGUCGUGGAUACCUGCUUCCGCCUGCUCCUGCUCUCGGCGAACUACAUUCCCGAUCAGUGCGUCUUCGAGCUCAGCAUACUGGUGCUCACCCUGCUGAUUAACCUGUGCAUGCACACGGUUCCCAAUCGCGCCGCCCUGAUGCAGGCAGCCGCUCCCGCCGAAUACGUGGCCGAUAAUCCGCCGGCUCAGGGUGGCGUGAGUGCGCUUCAAGCUCUGCUCGAGUACUUUUACAAAUGCGAGGAGCUGGCCAGAUUAGUGGAGAAAAACACGGACGCAUUCCUCGAGAGCAACGAGAAGAGUAAGAAGAAGCAGGAGGAGGUUGAGGAAACGGUCAACAAUCUCCUGCAACGCGCUGGCCACCACAUGGAGCACACACUAAAGGGUAGCUAUGCGGCCAUUUUGCUGGGAAAUCUGAUUGCUGACAACGAGCAGUACGAGGCGCUGGUGCGGCGCCAAUUGCGGGGAGAUAGCUUCAAGGAGAUUAUCGGUGUGCUGGAGAAGUAUCACACAUUUAUGAACCUGACCUCCAGCUUGGAAGCCGCCUUUGUGGCUCACAUGAAGUCGACGAAGCGCAUCAUUGAUAACUUCAAGAAGCGCGACUACAUCUAUGAGCAUUCGGAUGACCACACUCUGCCUCUGAAUUUAGAGACGACAGCGGUGACGACAACGCCGUCAGUGAUAGCAGCCGGAACGGAUGGUCAAUCCACAUCCGUGACUGCUUCCUCGUCCACAUCGCCACCGCCAGGAUCCACACGGGUGCAGCGCGUGUACAAGACGUACAGCAGCCACAGAUAAUCGGAAUCGGAAUCGGAAUCUGAAUUGAAGUCGGAUUGGAGAGCCAUCCUGCCACCAAAAUGAAUUAUGUUGUUUUGUGAUUAUGUAUGUAACUUGUUUAUUCGCUGGCAUAGGAGCCACCAACUAUAUGGUGUGAGUGUAUAGUAUAUAUAAUGCACCUAGUUUCGGUCAUCGUCCCCAUCCCACGAGUAUAUAUAUAUAUUCCAGUAUAUAUAGUUAGCAACGAUGCGAUCUGUGUUUCGUUUUAACCAAAAGUGAUAGCGAGAGUUCUGCGUUGCGUCUUAAACUAACGAGAGAGAGAGAGAGAGCGACGAGAAAUGAUAUGAACAAAACACAACACUAAAAAGAUCCAAAACCACCACAACUGAUAUGAUGUGUACGUUAUAUAGUCAUAAGCAAUAUUAGCAGCAGCGGCUUACACCCUCACCACACACACACACACCACCCAUACACCCAUGUAAAUAUUGUUUAAUCCAGCGAUUUUAUCGGACGCGUCCUAGGUUUAUUUCGAAUGUGUAUGUUUUUUUUUUAAAUUGUAUUCUUACAUUUAUUUUAUAUAUUAAAGCAUUACUAUUUUUUUUUCUUGUACUUUACGACUCUUGCUCUUGAAAACAGCGAGAAGGUUUAGUAGCAAUAGAGUUAGUAGCGAGACAUGUGUGUAAAGAGAGAAAGGGAGUAGCAGUAGCCCAGAGUCGUGGAGCAGAAAGUUAUUUUAUUGCCUAAACCUAAGCUAAAGAAACUCUACUUAUAAAACUAAAAACUGAUCAAUAAAUAAAUAUAUAAUUAUAUACAUGUAUAUACAUAUAUAUGUAUAUAUAUAUAUGAAUAUAUGUGUACGUUUACAACCACAAAAAUGUCAGAUUUAGGCUACAAAAAUCCAGAUAUAACGAUAGAAAAUGCAAACACAAGCGUGUGCGGAUGAAGAAAGAAACAAUUUCGGGAACAAAAUAUAUGUAUAUUUAUUUUGUGUUUUCAACGAGUACAUCAUGUAUUGUUCUUGCAGAAAAAAAAUCACAAAAAAUAAAACUAAAAUUGAAAAACAA